AGUUCUGCGAACAUGCGCAGAAUAUACAUAGAGGCACGGUAUGUUCAGAUAGGGAGAUGGCGUGUGUAAUUUUCUAAUUUUUAAUUAUCAGUUUUUUCCGCGAAAUGUGUCUUUAGUUUCGACAAUUAUGCAAGUAGGUUUUAGCUUUAGAAGAAGUUUUCAUUCUAGUUGAUUUUAAGUGAUGUGUACCCUUACCCUCACAUUGCAUUCUCCCGCGGGUGCUGAACCUGUUUCAUACACUUGGCCUUUGACUUCAGGACGAGGAAAUGAUAAACAUGAUGGUGCACUUGAAAUUGUCGAAACAAUACGUUGGGUUUGCGAAGAUCUGCCACAACUUAAACUGCCAUUGGAAAAUAAUAUAUUAUGUGACUAUGACACCAGGGACUAUGAGAGUAUGAAAAACCUAUGUGACCGUUUCAAUAAAGCAAUCGAUAGUCUAGUUGCAUUGGAGAAGGGUACAUCACUGCCAGCUCAAAGACUUACGUAUCCUUCCCGUGGGUUAUUACGUCAUAUUCUUCAGCAAACAUACAAUGCUGCCGUUACAGAUCCAGAAAAACUGAAUCAAUAUGAACCAUUCUCACCAGAAGUCUAUGGUGAAACUUCCUAUGAUUUAGUUUGCCAAAUGAUCGAUCAAAUUGAAAUAACUCCAGAUGAUGUGUUCAUUGACUUGGGUUCGGGUGUGGGGCAAGUUGUCCUUCAGAUGGCAGCUGCAACCCCUUGCAAAAUUUGCUUUGGUGUUGAGAGAGCAGAAGUUCCUAGCCGCUAUGCGGACUCUAUGAAUAAAAACUUCAGGGCCUGGAUGAGGUGGUAUGGGAAGAAGUAUGGUGAAUACAAGUUGAUCAGGGGUGAUUUUUUGACUGAAGAGCAUCGUGAGAAAAUAAAUCAAGCCAGCAUUGUGUUCGUGAAUAACUUCGCCUUUGGACCUACUGUGGAUCAUCAACUCAAAGAGAGAUUUGCCGAUCUGAAAGAUGGGGCCCGCAUUGUGUCAUCUAAAAGCUUCUGCCCUUUGAAUUUCCGUAUAACGGAUAGGAAUCUUAGUGAUAUCGGUACAAUUAUGCAUGUAUCGGAAAUGACACCCAUGAAAGGUUCCGUUUCAUGGACCGGCAAACCAGUGUCCUAUUAUUUGCAUGUUAUCGAUAGAACUAAACUGGAACGUUAUUUUCAACGUCUCAAGAAGCCCCAGUUGAAGAAUGGCGAGGAUGAGAAUUCAAAUAGCAGGAGUUCAAGGGAUCGCUCAAGGAGGGAUUUAACAAAACAACUACCUCCAGAUUCGUCGUCAGAUUCUGAUUUCGACGAUCAAGACAGUAAUUAUGGACCUACUACGCGUAAAGCCUGGUCUGAUUACUAUUCCAAUAAAGGCAAGAGCAGUCAAUCUGAAGAUGAUAGCAAGAGCCAAACAAAAAGACAGCCUAAGAAGUUGAGGAGGAAAGCAUCUAGAACUAACAAUAAUAAAACCUUACAAGAAAAACAAAAUGUUCAACAGAAGGCCGUUUCAAAGCCACGUCGUGGAAGAAUGAAGAAAGCUAAAACCAAGAAAGCUUUGAAGAUCAAUGGAUUGGAUCUCUUGCACAGCCAAACCUUACUCAGUACCUCUCCUCAAGCAUCAGGUAAAAAACUUCCUCCUGCUCCAGGAUGUGUUGAUCAACAGCUGACUGCAUUGAGUUCAGAACUUGUUCAUAAUGAACUAGAUAUUCCUCCUGAACCAGAAAACACCCCCUACAGUCUUCAAAUUCUACUUGAUAUGUUCAGACGUCAAUAUGCUUCAAUGAUGAACCAAAUGAAGCAGCCUAGUUACAGGAAAUCGAUAGAAGUGGAUAUUAAACGAGAGGAAGAUAUCAACCAGAAGUUGCAAAAUAGGGCGGCCCAAUUGGAGAAGCAAAUAAAAGUUUUAAUUGACGACAGUGUUGCAUUAUUGAAGGCUAGAAUGAAUGAACUGGGAAUAAAUGCUACUUCUCCUGUGGAUCUCCUUGCUAAGGCUAAAGAAAUUGUAUGUCGACACAAAGAACUGCAAGCUAAAGCUAGCAAACUGCAGGUUCAGGUUGCAAAUUUGGAACAUGAACAAGGCCAUCAUGUGGCGCUGAGGCAGCAAGAAAUAGCGAAGAAAUAUUCGGGACAAGAAGUAGUUACUCAUGAUUUGUCUCCAAACGUUGCCCAUGAAUAUAUACUUCGAGAGAUAUCAGCAACAUUAGCACAUCGGAAAAAGCUGCAUAACCAAGUUUCCAAACUAGAAGGGGACAUUGUUAACCUAGAGAAAUCAGCUGAAGAUAGGAAGCAAGCGCAAAUAUUAGCUGUAAGACAACAACCUCUUCCUCUGAAAAUCUCAAGAAAAUCUAGGGAUUACAGGACUCGUUCCCAAGAUUGGCCAGAUGUUCCGGAUAUUGCCAAAAUCGAAGAACAAAAUCCCGAAAUAUUGGCACAAAAGAUUUUAGAAACUGGUCGCAAAAUUGAAGCCAGCAAAAUGUCUACAAAUAAGGUGGUUCAUGUUAUAAAUAAUGGUCGAUCAGCUUUGUGCAACAACAGGGGUGUAUUGAGGAAUAAUAUGCCAGCUCCAACGCAUGCGUCCAAGAGGUUAAAAACAACCCACAACGUUGCUUCUGCAUCUAAUUCCAAUAAUAAGCCACAUUACAAGAAUAACGAGCCAUUAAAGAUUCAAAACUUCGAGGAUCGUCUGAAGAGCAUCAUUACUUCAGUUUUGAACGAAGACCAUCCAACAAGAACAACCAAAGCACAAACCCCUUUGCCUCAACAAAGUUAUCCUUCUUCAGUAUUUACUUCUGCCCAGUCCAACUAUGCUUCACAUCAUUACAACGGUUAUUCAAACAUUUGUGUCCCCCCCAAACAGGAAGAUACCAUCAAAUAUAAUAGUAACACUAUAAAAACCACAAUGAGACCGGCAAAUGAAGAUCAUCGUUCUUAUUCUCACCAGGAAGCCUUGAUUAUGGAUUGUUAUAAGGAGGAUCCUCCCAAACGUUCACCCCAAGUUGCCAAACCCGCAAAUAACGAACAGCCUGAUUACACACAAGUGUCACCUGCAAAGCUGGCUUUGAGGAGGCAUCUGUCACAAGAGAAACUGCAGGCUCAACAUCAGACAUUUGCACAACCUGAAACAAUGAUGGCUAACAGAACGAUAGGUGAUUUGAUGUCUAGUGAAAUUGAGCGAACUUUGGAGAUCUCAAAUCAGUCCAUUAUCAAUGCUGCUGUAGAUAUGAGUGAUAUUCAAGGGACGACUACCUUAACUUCUAGGUCGGUUGUGAAUGUCAAUCUGCCUCCGAGACCUGAACGAGUUAAUGUGAAAGCCCCCAAUAAUGAGGUUAAUCAAACCAAAGAUUCAGAGCCUAUGAGACAGGUGUACAGUCCUAUUUCAAGACCUUCGUCUACUGAAGGCUUAGAGGGGCUGGCUUAUGUCCAUUCCUACAAUAAAGUUAAUAGCACUCUUAAUAUUCAAAAUUAUAGUGCAACCCAGCAAUCUACAUCGCCAAGACCAGUGCAAUAUUCACCAAGAACAACAGUGUUAUAUCCUCCUCCGAACCAAUCCAGAUCAAACUCUACAAUUUAUUCUUCAGAUUACACACCUGUAACUAGAGCAGAAUUGAAGCCAUACAACGAACCUUAUUUCAAUGAUUUAAAACCACCACUGAGUAUGGAAAAUGAAAAUACUUUUGUAGCUGAAGGUUUGGCUGCAAGUUUGCAAGCGAGGGUAUUAAAUGGGUCACAAAUUAAAGAAGAGUCUGAUCUAUAUGAAAGGAGAAACUUUACCUCUUCUGUACCUCUGUAUCAAGAAAAUGCUCCAAACAAUUGUCAGUACAAACGGGAGUCUCCUCUUAUCCAGAAUCAUGUCAGAAGUAUUCCCAAGCGAGUUGAAUAUAAAGAACCCCAAACUGUCAAGGAAACGCCGUCUGAAGUUCGCCCUAAUGUUGUUCCCUUAUCAACUGAACAAUCGACAGAAAGAAGAAAAUGCUCAGAUGAAGUGUACUUCCACUUUUCAAAAAGUGAAGGGAUAUAUGCGGAUGUUGAAAUAGAAGAAGAAGCCGAAGAAUCGAAAUGGCAAGAUAGAAUCAGUUCCGGCUUUGACCGUUUGGUAGCUUUUGCGUCAACGGAACUGGAUAAACGGAGACGAUCGACUGAGGGUAGUGACAGUUGCAACACAUCCCCAGAUUCUGGUAUCGGACACAGCGGUGAUAUCACCACUGUUGUUCAACCAGCUCCAACUAAGCAAGUUAUUAAGAUGAACACGAACCCAAAACCAACAUUAUUCAAAAUGCCUAUAAGUAAAGCAUAUCAUUUAGAAAGUCCACCUAUUGGCGACAGUAACUCUGAGGAAAUUGGCCCUCCCAGAACACCAUCUCCAUCUUCACCUCCUAAUGUGCCAAUGUCGUUCAGUCCUGAACAAAGUUACGUAGCAGAGAAUAAGGUGGCGCGUUUAAACCCAGCGUUGUUGAAAUAUCAACGCCAUACGGAAGACAGGAAGAACAGGCACGAUCAGCACUACAAGAAGAAGUUCUACUAUAGAGAACAGUGGAGACAUGAAUGGCAGAGAAGUUCGGAACCUAUCAAAGAUAAAUUCCGUCCAAAAGGAAAAGAUUGGGACUGGAACAGAGAUCAAAAUAACUAUCAUCUAGACGACUGGCAUAACGAUUCAUAUUCAUGGCGUCAUUGAUGUUGCUUUACGAACAAAGUACUGGAAUGAAAAUAGACAAGGGGAUUACUAAAAAAUACAAAUAAGAAUUUUUAUAGUUUUCCAAACCACCACGCUCAAAGUGUUCAUGGUAAGGUACAAAGGUUAAAUUUCAAAUCCUGUGUGAAACUGUUUAAUAUUGGGAUACUGAAAUACCAAUGAUUUCACUUGAAUUUUUCAUGCUUCACACUAACAACUCAAUAUGAUACACCCUAUAUGGUAUGGUGGCCGUUAUGUGAUAAAAAUCCUUGUUGUUAUUCAUCAUUUGUCUUUAUGAGACGGAAGAUAACAUUGUUUUUUCUUUGUUUGUGGUCUCGAAAAUUAACCAAACCUUUUCUGACAUAAUGUACCACACUGUUGUCAUAUAUUUUAUUUAUAAUUUAUUUUACCAUGGAAUUUAUUGAAGUUUUGAAUGCUUUUGCAUUAUUGCGUUAUUUAUUUAUUUAUAAAAGUUAUUUCAUUGUCACAAUAUCAGUGCUCCAAUUGAAAUUAUAAUUCUGAAUAAAUUUCAGUAUCUCUUUUUUAAUGUGUGAUUGAAUUGUUCUUUUUAAUUUUUGUUCCAAGUUUCACACAAGAACUUGAAGUUUGUUUUUAUGUAGUUCAGGUCAGAACUAGUGAUGUAGCUAAAACACAUGAAAUCCAACAAAAAUAUAAUGGGCAUUUAAAAAAAAAUAAUUGUAAAGCUUUCACACAGGACAUUUUUGGAUUUUAUGAUAUAUCUAGUAAUAUAUUACAGCUUUGAGAUGAAGUAAACUCAGAAUUAAUCUCCUGAAGUUAUUCCAUCUUGUGGAUGAAAUUUUACCUGAUGCAUAAUAAAUGUCUUCUGUUGAAAGUUAUUCAUAUAAAAAUUGGCGUUUUGAAUGGAAUGUUUUACUUUAUUAGUUAGAAUUAAUGUAGAAAGCCACGUCAUCUUCCUAAACAUACUCUAACCUCUUUUUGAUUUAACAUUCUAUUCAAAACGAUUUCCAAUUGGGUCACUUCCUGCUGUAAAUUGUGUAUAUAUAUGAAAAACAAAACGAGUCUUAAACAGGAUUCUGUUUCUAAUCAAUGACAAUGAUUUAGAAAUAAGUUCAGUUAGGGCUAUAUUAACUUAUCAAUUGUAAAUUUGAAAAGGAUCAAUCUUUUGUAAUUGGGAAUUUAUGUAUAGUAAUUGAAAUUAAUUAAGUAAUUCGCCAAAAAUUUCUGUUUAUUAUGCAAUCAUUUUUGACAAUUCCAAUCCAAAGUUACGAUGUAUGAAUAUUGAACACUGCCCUCAAGGAAUCUCAUUAUAUACGUUUAACUUAUUUUACUUUUAUAGGAAAUUAUUUAUUUCUAUACCACUGCAAAACUAAAUUGAGCUAGUAUUAACUUAAGUGUAAAUAUGGACUUUCAUUUUUCAAGUACAAUUAAUUUAUGAAUACUAAGAUGUAAAAAUUAGAACAUUUCCUGGACUGUGUUAAUAAUGUAUGUAAUUGUCAUUGGACUAUUUUUAUUUAACCUGUACUCGGGUUUGGUUUUAUCUAUUGAUUCUUAUACAAGUUGGAUCCAACUUUGAAUUUUUCUGUCAUGAAUUAUUGCUUGACAUGAAUUGAAAUUUCUACAUUCAGAGCAGUGAUCAAUAACUUUUUAAAUUUAUGAAGAAAUGUGGGAGGUACAGUCUGAAACUUCUCUGUUAAUUCUCCAAUUUGAAGGCGGAAAACUUGUAGUGUUUGGAGAAAGUUUUAUAUUUUAAAUCAAUUAUUGUUUAUAGCCCUUUCAUUAUACACAAUUUUUUUUAUUUUCAUUUUAGUAUCAUUCUUUUUGUGUUGAAAAAUCUCUUCAUUUGUUUCUCUUUUGUUUGAUAGAUAAUGUUAUGUGCAAAAGGUUGCAACACUGUUUUAUUUGGACUAAUAAUUCAGACUUUGAAUGUGAAUGAAAGAAGUCAUCAUCUAGAAAUAGAUAAUUUAACACUUUAGUGAAAUUUGGUAGGUAAACUGGGCCACAUUUUUAAGUGAAAUUCAAAGCUUAAAAUUGGGGUUGUAAAUUGAGUGAUAAUAUUGUACAAUAUUUUAAUUUAGUAUCUUCCAACAUUUUUAUUAUAAUUGUCUUUUAUAGUACAAUCGGGGUAACCAAAGUAUUGAUAUGUUCAACUGCAAAAUUUCAGAAAAUUUGAAGCUGGACUCACUUAUAUUAUGUAGUUCAUCCACCCUUUUAGGUAUAUUUAUAUUUAAGAAUAGAAUUGUUAGUUGAUUACUAAUUUUGAUGUGGAUGAAAUUGAGCAUGAUUUAAUUGAAAUCUAAUAUAAGUAUACAGAUAACUGCCAAUACUUGAUUAAAAACUUACAUGUA